GGCUCUUCGCGAUGGUGCAGGCCGAACAUUGUGAGGGCUACGGCGCUGUGCCGGGCAUGUCGAGAAGAAAAAUGGUGGGAGAAGGAGAGCAGAAGAUGGAUGAGAAGAGAGUGGGAGUCACCAGGAUUGCAGCUGUCAUGGCCAUUGCUCUCACCGCCGUCAUCUGUGUUGGCGUCUUCUCCCGCCACAUGGGAGCAACUUCCCUUGAGGCCACCAAGCUCCGUGCUGACUCCAACUUCGACGUGGCCGAUGCCAUCUUGAAGAGCGCGGGGGUCAAGGACAAAGAAGGUUCUAUCCCUGCCUCCAUCGCCGCGCUGGCUGCGCAGGCGGCCAAGGAGAAGGAGACGGGAAGGCUGUCAGCCACUGUCGAGCUCCCUCAGAUCCCCAAGAAGAUCGCGGCCAUGGCGGCUGAGGCCAAGAGGGAGAUCAUGAUCGAGCGAUCUGUGGAUCGCAAGAAGAAGCAGCAGAAGGAGGCGAAGAAACUUGCUGAGGAGAAGAAGGAGAAGGCCGAGAAGGAGGAGGAGGCUGCUGCCAAGCAUGCCAAGGCUGCCAAGAAGCAUGCUGCUGCAGAGAAGACCAAGGCUACCGUUCAUGACGUCAAGAAGAUGGCGGCCAAGGCCAAGUUGGCGGCCAAGCAUGCCGCUGCUGCUGACGCCCAUGGCAGCAACAAGCUUUUCAAGCGCAUUUUUUCGAAGAAGUAGAGAUUCUAGAGAGAUCUAUUCUUGCCUUGUCACGUUCACAUUGCUAUAAAGAACCAAUUCCUUC